AUGUAUCGAGCUACUCCUGUCUCUACCAAACUCUCCCGAUCUCUUGACGAUGAGAGAGAGCAGCCUUCGCAGACGGAGACACUGGUUGCGAGUCAGACGUUUGGAAGCGGACGGAAGAAAAUGCGUACCAGAGAGGGAUUGGCAGUGUGUCACAUGGGAGGACACGAUUCCCCCCAAUAUCCCGAGGCAACAAAGCGGAUCAUCCCAGACAGACACUCUAAGAAUAAGAUGUUAAAGAAGUCCCAGUUCCUCAAGACCAGCGCCUCUGUAUUCGCCUCUCCCUCUCCUGCGCUGGCCCCGAUAUGUCCACGCACCCUCACUCUCCACGAGAUUGCUCCACGAGAUUGCUCCACGAGAUUGCCCCAGGUUAUUCAGCAAACCCAUCGCAUGACAAGUCACCUAUUUCCGCCCCCUCCCCCCUCCCCUCGCCGCCUUCUAGAACUCCUUCACGAAAGGAGGGCAGCAAAUGGCCUCAUAGUCUCUACAGUCUCUCCAAGCAAGCCCUACCGGGGGCAAACUGGCAACAAAGACCAAGAGAGCGAUGACAAAGCAUCAGGGACCCCAGCUUUCAGCAAUGGUUGA